GGGGCCCCAGAAGAAAAGAGGAUCCCUACCCCAGGCAAGCGUCAUAGCCACCAACUCACGCACAAGGUUUUCCGUCCCUGUGCCUCAGUUUCCCCUCUUCAGCCUUAGCGACACUGGCUUUUCGGGUCAAAUUGGAAAUGCCCUUCCAAGCGGGGAUGCAGAAGGUGGGGGAGGAACUGUUCCCGCCGGUUUCCGCAGCCAACCCGCUCCAAGGCUGACAUCCCGGGGACCACAGAUCCUCCUCCUCGCGGCUUCUAGGGGCCAAAGUCCUGAUCCGGAGUGGAGAAGGAAAUACACACGAGCAGAAGGGAGAGGUGGGCAGAUCUGACCCUUGGUUCCCGCGGGGAGCUAGAGUCCCGCUGCGCGUGACCGUGGCACUGCGGCUGCUCCUCCCCCGCCAGCGAAAGACGGGGGAGGUCGGAGGGCGGCGGAGACGCAGGACCGGAUCCCUGCGGACGCGCGUCGCGGCUCUGGGGAUGGUUGACUAGGUCCUACCCCCUCCUCUCCUCUCGUCUGGUCUCUCGUUUCCGGGAGUUUCUCCGUUCUGAGCGCGUCGCUGAGUCACCGUCUGCGCUCCGCACCCAGCUGUCCAGGGCUCCGUCCCCCUGCCCUGCCUGGGGACCUCCAAAGGGUGGGAACGACGCCAGUCCACCCGGCGCUCCGGAGGAGAAGACACCACCGAGGCGUGCCCGGGGCCCGCGCUGCUCCCGGACUCCCCUCCUGGACUUGAAGAGACGAGAGGGGCUUGUGUGGGUCGGUGGGCACCGGCUUGGGCUGGGCCCGGUCAGUCUCAGCCUGCUUCAGGGCUUUUUUUUUCCCAAACUCCUGCCCUACUUGGGUCAAAUCGGCCUUGGCAACUUCUUCCUCGCAGUCUCCGCGAAUAACCUUCCAGGGAUUUAACUCUAGCUGGUCGCGGACACGUUCAGGUCACCUGCCGUGAAAUGUAGCGCGCUUGCGCUUGCGCGCGCGCGCACACACACACACACACACACACACACACACACACACACACACACGCACAGGCCCCGGCUCGCCUCCGCAUUUCCAGCGGAGCCAGCGGGAGGGGCUGGGCGACAGGACCACGCCCUCCAUGCCUCUCCACUACAGGCCGGGACCCGUCGGCCCCUCCACCCUGCCAGACUCCUACCCGGCAGGCCGGAAGCGUGGACUUGAUCGCCCACUGCAGGCAGCUGCUCUGGUCCAGAUCUGGACGCCGCAAGGAAUGACGCGGGGGCCUCCCGAGCCCCAGCUCCGGGUGGGGAGGGCGAGCCCCACAACCAGCCCCGCGAAGACCUCCUGGGUGGCACCGAUAAGGAGCUGAAGGCAGGACCCGCCGUCCCCAUGGGCAGCGCCCCGACAUCGCCGGGAACCUCUUGGCAGAGGGAAACAAGGGACGAGGCUAUGGACCCAGCCGGCGGCUGCUCCCCAAGCGCGCUCCCGCGUCCCUGCCGCGUCCUGGUGUUGCUGAAUCCUCGCGGCGGCAAGGGCAAGGCGCUGCAGCAGUUCCAGAGACUCGUGCAGCCCCUUCUGGCUGAGGCUGAAGUCUCCUUCAAGCUGAUGGUCACUGAGCGACGGAACCACGCGCGCGAGCUGGUGCAGGCGGAGGAGCUGAGCCGCUGGGACGCGCUGGUGAUCAUGUCUGGGGACGGGCUGAUGCAUGAGGUGGUGAAUGGGCUCAUGGACCGGCCGGAUUGGGAGACUGCCAUCCAAAAGCCCUUGUGCAGCCUCCCAGGAGGCUCUGGUAACGCACUGGCUGCUUCCUUGAAUCACUAUGCUGGCUAUGAGCAGGUAACCAAUGAAGAUCUCCUGACCAACUGCACACGGUUGCUGUGCCGCCGGCUCCUGUCGCCCAUGAACCUACUGUCCCUGCAUGCAGCCUCCGGGAUUCGCCUCUUCUCUGUGCUCAGCCUGGCCUGGGGCUUGGUGGCUGAUGUGGAUGUGGAGAGUGAGAAGUAUCGGUGCUUGGGGGAGAAACGCUUCACUGUAGGCACCUUCUUUCGCCUAGUGAACCUGCGCGCUUACCGGGGCCAACUGGCCUACCUCCCCACAGAAAGUGCUGUCUCCAGCAAGACGCCCACUUCCCCUCUGCUGCAGCAGGGGGGCCCUGUGGACUCACACCUUGUUCCCCUGGACGAGCCAGUGCCCUCUCACUGGACUGUGGUGCCCGAGCAGAACUUUGUGCUGGUGCUGGCACUGCUGCACACACACAUGGGGAGCAAGAUGUUCACGGCACCCAUGGGCCGCUGUGCGGCUGGUGUCAUGCACCUGUUCUAUGUGCGCGCAGGGGUACCGCGGACCAUGCUGUUGCGCCUCUUCCUGGCCAUGGAGAACGGCACGCACAUGGAGCAUGACUGCCCGUACCUGGUGCACGUGCCCGUGGUUGCCUUCCGCCUGGAGUGCAAGGAGGGGAGGGGCGUGUUUGCUGUGGAUGGGGAGUUGUUGAUCACUGAGGCUGUGCAGGGCCAGGUGCAGCCCGACUACCUCUGGAUGGUUAGUGGCCCCAGGGAGGCCUCACCCACCCAGAAGCCCCAGCAGAAGGCAUCUCCCAAGAAGCCUCUAUGACCCCAGGGGCCCUGCAGUCCCUGGUCUCCUGGCAUAGGCUGAGACCGGGGUCCUCUCACCCUGGAUGGGAUAGCCUGCCUGCAGCUCAUGCGCGGUGAUGGGGACUCUUCCAGAGAAGGGUGGCAAUGUGGAGGCUAUGCUUUGAGAGGAUCAGAGGCCAGAAUGGGGCAUGGGCAAGAACCCCACUGAUGGGGUCAGUUGCUUGUGGAAGGCAGUGGCCCCAUUUGUCCUGGGAGUCCUCUUCCAUGAAUCAAGACCAAAUAAAGCGAUAUUCUUAGCCUGCUGAUCCUGUCCUAGGGA